GACCCUUUUGUUCAGCUCUCAAACAUAAGCACCUUCUCGACUCGCCAGGACUUCAGUGGCAACUUGGCCAAGAAGGAAAAGCCCGACUUUGGGAGAGCCGCCCCCGGCCUCACAGCCCUCCGCAAUGUCACGCUCCUUCUAUGUCGACUCCUUAAUCAUCAAAGACUCCUCGAGGCCGGCUCCGUCCCUUCCUGAGCAUCAUCACGGCCAGGACUUCUUCAUCCCUCUCAGCAUGCCUUCUCCCCUCGUCAUGUCGGUGUCGGGCCCGGGCUGCCCGUCCCGAAAGAGCGGCGCCUUCUGCGUCUGCCCGCUCUGUGUCACCUCGCACCUGCACUCUUCCCGCGCCAGCGGCGCCGGCGGAGCCAUCCCUUUGCUCAAGAGCCAGUUCCCCACCGCCGCAGGCGAGGCCCAGUGCUGCUCGCGGACCGGCCACGCUCACCACCCGCCGCAGCACCCGCCGCCCGCCGCCUCGGUGCCCGCCGCCGCCCUGGGACACCCUGCGCAUCACCCACCUGCCUGCGCCGCCACCACCUACAGCGUCAGCGACCCCCGGAGGUUUCACUGCCUCGGCAUGGGAGGGUCCGAAUCCAGCCAAAUUCAAAAUGGGAAACGGAUGAGGACUGCUUUUACCAGUACCCAGCUCUUGGAGCUGGAGAGGGAAUUCUCCUCCAACAUGUACCUGUCCCGGCUACGGAGGAUCGAGAUAGCCACGUACCUGAACCUGUCCGAGAAGCAAGUGAAAAUUUGGUUCCAAAACAGGAGAGUGAAGCACAAGAAAGAAGGCAAAGGCACCCAGCGAAACUCUCACGGGGGCUGCAAGUGCAGCACCAGCCAGGGGCAUUACCCCCGGUCGGAGGAUGAAGAGUCUCUAUCCCCCUCAUCGGCUACCGAGGAUAAAGAGAUCUCCCCGUUAUGAGCCCGGCUCGGAGCUCUGCUCCCGCCGCCGGGUCCCAGCCCGGAGCGAGGUGGCGGCACGGCCGCUUACCUGGCACCACUGCCCACGGACGGCGGCCGGCUACCCUGCAGCGGGCUGGCCCUCCCCGCCGAGGAGGCUAAUUGUCAUCCAUUCGCAGUAAUAGAAAGAGAUAUAUAUAAAUAUAUUUUCGGAAUGUGUUUUAGGCGUGGGAGUUCAACUAAAACGUUAUUAUGUAACCCCAAGAGAGGGCACCUGCUCUUGCUAAAAUGUAACAUGGGACAGGGCUAGCAUGGUCCAGGGUGCCUUCCUCUGUAUGCCCACAGGCAAUUUAAAGGAAAAAAACUAAACGCCUUUCAAACCGAAAGGCGAGACAUAAAAAACCUGAAAAGCAAACUAAAACCUGUAGACAACCUUCUGGACGGACUUCUUAACAAAAAUAAGAAAAGACAUAAAGAUUGGCCGUUUGGGUCUGGGACGGCUGUUUUUCUGUGAAUAGUUUUAUAUAAAAAUUAUAUUUAUAUUUAUUUAAAUAAAUGAGAUCAGACGAGAA